CGAUCACACUAUUUGACCAGAGUACCUUAAGUUAACGUGACAUGCGAUCUCUCUUAUUGAUAGCGCUCUUUGCGCUAUGCAGCACAGUUGCUGCCCAAGGCUGGAAUAUUUGCUACUUCAGUUCCUGGGCGGUCUACCGCCCCGGGCUCGGCGCCUUCGACGUCGAUGACAUCGAUGUUUCUCUGUGCACCCACGCAGUGUUCGGCUUUGCUGGCCUCAGCAACCAAACUUGGAAAAUCGAGGUUUUGGAUCCGUGGAAUGAGAACUGCCCUGAUGACGACCCCCCCGGCGACCACUGCGCUUACAAGCGAUUUGUUGCCCUCAAGCAACAAAAACCAGAACUGAAAGUGAUCCUGGCGGUGGGCGGCUGGAAUGAAGACUCCGAAGAUUACUCAGCCAUGGCUAGAGAUCCUGCCAAGCGAGCGACAUUCAUCGAGAGCAGCGUACAACUUCUGCAGAAAGAAGGAUUCGACGGUCUGGAUAUGGACUGGGAGUACCCAGCUCGCCGGGGCGGCAUGCCUGAAGAUAAGGCAAAUUUCAUCACUUUGUUGGAUGAAAUGAGAGCGGAAUUUGACAAACACGGCUACCUGCUGACGGCAGCCCUCGCAGCGGGCAAACCCACGGUCGAUGAGGCUUACGACGUGCAAGGCCUGGUGAGGAACCUAGACGUGUUCAGCAUCAUGACUUACGACUACCACGGCGCCUUCGAGAACUUCACCCACCACAACGCCCCGCUGUGCGCCUACCCCUCCGACGAGGGCGACUUUAUUUACUUUAACGUGGUUGCUUCUGUGAAGUACUGGUUGUCGCUGGGAAUUCCCCGCGAGAAGACGGUAAUGGGAGUCCCCCUGUACGGCCGCUGCUUUACGCUGGACAACAUUGAGGAUCACGGCAUGCUGGCCGACGCAUCCAGGCCCAGCAAACCUGGACCUUACACCAGCAUGCCUGGAUCUUUGGGCUAUAAUGAGCUUUGCCCGCGUUUAAAAAACACAGACGACUGCACCAUAGUUCACGACCCUCUGCUCAACGAGCCUUACUUCUACUGCCUGAGUGACAGUAUUUGGUGCGGCUAUGACGACGUUGACUCCAUCUACCUUAAGGCACGGUUCGCUAAGAACCAGAACCUGGCCGGUACUGUGGUGUGGACCAUCGACACCGACGACUUCCUGCCGACCUGCGGCAGUGACAAGAACCCCCUCAUCCGCUCCGCCCUGAGAGCAUUUGCCGAACCCGCGGAUCCGACCGCCCCAGACUGUCCAAACGCUCCCAUCACCACUACGACCACCUCUACCACGACCACACCUACGACGACCACUACACCUACCACAACCACUACACCUACCACGACCACUACACCUACAACGACCACUACGCCUACCACGACCACUACGCCUACCACGACCACAACUCCGACAACUACCACACCUACGACCACAACAACUCCAACAACCACCACCACAUCUUCUACCACAACGACGCCAACUACCACAACAACACCAACAACCACGUCCACGACCACCACUCCAACGACCACUACCACUUCGCCAACUACCACCACAAGUAAGACUACCACCAGUGGACCAACGUGGCCGAAACCUCCCGACUGCGACGCUGACCCUGGUCGUGAGUUCUACCCACAUGACGACUGCAACAAGUAUUGGUGGUGCAUCAACGGCGAGGCGCAGCUGAUGCUGUGCAGCCCCGGGACAUACUUCAACCCCCAGACGUCCCGCUGUGACUACCCCGAGAACGUCGACACCAGCAACUGCCGCGUGUGGACGUGCGAGGCGGACGGCGUAACUUACGCUGGCGUGGAUUGCAACGAGUACUACGAAUGUGAGCACGGAGAGCCGGAAAGGAAAUUUUGUGCGGACGGGCUCUAUUACAACGCAGACACCGGCUUUUGCGACUUCCCAGCCAAUGUCGACACGAGCACAUGCAACGUCUCCGCCUUCUGGGACGAAGAAGACGAUUGAAAAAUCCUGCAAAUUAGAAGAAUACCAGUAAAACAGAAAAAAACAUGGGAAAUGGACAAGAAAAAUAAAAAGAAGAAAAUGAUUCAAUGGCCUUAUGGUUAAACGUAUUCAUGACAGUUGUUAUGUGGAUUAUAUUGGUCAUACGGAUGGCCCUAUUUAAAAUAUUCGUCAUACGGAUAACCAUAUAGAUAGAAUAAGUCAAACGGAUGGUUAUCGAGGAUGGUUAUUGAUCAUAUGGAUAGUCAUAUGGGCAAUUGUGGUCGUAUGGGUAAUCACCGAAAGCACGAGGAACGCAUUCAAAUAUUCAAAUAUUACUCACAUUUAUUCAA